AUGAUGGACAGCCGCAUCCUGGAGCAUCCUCAUGCCCAGUUCGGGGGGAUGGUGGGGUUCCCUUACCCGCUCGGGCACCACCACGUCUACGAGCUGGCCGGGCACCAGCUGCAGUCGGCGGCCGCCUCCGUGCCCUUCUCCAUCGAUGGAUUACUGAGCGGCUCCUGCGCCGCCUCUGUGGUCAACCCGGCGCCGCUGAUCCCCUCCGGCUGCGGGGUGAGCGGGGACAGCCAGCCCUUCAAGCUCGCAGACUCGGGUGAUCCGGACAAGGAAAGUCCUGGCUGUAAAAGAAGAAGAACCCGCACCAAUUUUACUGGCUGGCAGCUCGAGGAGCUGGAAAAGGCGUUUAAUGAGAGUCAUUACCCGGACGUGUUUAUGCGAGAGGCUCUGGCUCUCAGGCUAGACUUGGUGGAGUCCAGAGUGCAGGUCUGGUUCCAAAACCGCCGGGCCAAAUGGAGAAAGAAAGAGAACACGAAGAAGGGCCCGGGGCGGCCGGCUCACAACUCUCACCCCACGACGUGCAGCGGGGAGCCCAUGGACCCCGAGGAAAUCGCCCGGAAGGAGCUGGAGAAGAUGGAGAAGAAGAAGAGAAAGCACGAGAAGAAGCUACUCAAAAGCCAAAGCCGCCACCCGCACUCUCCCAGCGCCCUCUCCCUCCACAGCACGCCCAGCUCCGACAGCGACAGCGGCGGCGGGGGAGGCCUCUCGCCCGCCCCGCCUGAGGCCAAACCCCGCGGGCAGCCCCCGCCGCCCCAUCCGCCGCUCCCCGCCGCCGCCGCCCCCUCCGAGCCGCCCCCCGGCACCUGCGACCAGACGGCCGAGCCCUUCUACCCCAGCCAAAGAAGCGGGAGCGGGCGGCUCCAGCGCCCGCCCGACAAGGACUGCGCGGCCGCCCCGUCGGGGGACGGCAGCGGGGGCGCGGGGGGGCCCCGCGGCGCCGGCAGCUUCCACAAGCUCAACCCGUUCAGCGUGGAGAGCCUCCUCUCCGACUCACCGCCCCGCCGCAAGGCAGCCCCGGACUUCCCCAGCCUGCCCCCCUGCGCCCCCCGCACCCUCAUCGGCAAAGGACACUUCUUGCUCUACCCCAUCACCCAGCCCUUGGGCUUCCUCGUCCCGCAGACCGCCCUCAAGGCCAGCCCGGGCCCCGAGGCCGGCCAGCCCCCCCGGGACUCCCCGCUGCCCGCCGCCAACCCCGGCCCGCCCGGCUGCGGCGCGGAGCCGGCGCCCGCGGGUGCUCAGCCCGGCCCCGGCCCCACGGACACGGCGGGCUCGGUGCCCCCCGCGCCGGCCGGAGCCGCGCAAGGUGACCCGGCGGCGGCCGCACCCGCGGAGGGCGGCAGCUUCCCCCGGCCCGAGUCGCCGGUCCGGGCGCGGGACGCCAGCACAGCCAGGGACAGAUCGGACUGCGGCCCCGCCGACGGCGAGGAGGUGGACAUGGACUGA